AUGAAGAAACGAACUGCCACCUCCAGUGGAUCGCCUCUUGGCCCUGAGAAUGGUGGUUUCCCACGUGGUGUGAAUCCUCCAACAUCUACUCAACCAACCUCGUUCCAAGCACCUCCAGCCGGGACUCGCACUAGGAGAGGCUCAUCUGACCAUGGAGUGCGGGCUAAACCUAAGAAGCUCCAAUAUUAUAACAUAAUAUUUACCUUCAACCCAGCUACGACUAGUCGCCCAACCAAUCUCAAAGAGUCACUCAAAAAUGCUUUUUUAACGGAUGUCAGACCUCUCCUUGUGCCAUAUCUCUUACCAGCACCAGCCGUCAAGAUGGAUACGGAUGCUGGUCAGGAAGAUUUUGAUCCGCUUGGCCGCAAGACUACCAAACCAAUGCUUGUAAAAGCUAUCCUCCAAAAGAGACCUACAACCACAAUCCCACCUGGCGCCACCAUUGAUGACAUCUUGAUAUUGUACAAGCAUUAUGUAUCUCCAGGCCUUGUCAUUCCUCCUAAUCGCCGAUUUAUCGAGAAGCCCCGCACAGUUGCAGCUCCUCGCCUCAAGGGGGAAAGCAUGGAAGAAACUCUACUAGCUUUACGUUAUUAUAGUCCUUCUGUAUUUGUUCGAUCAUUGGCUAUGAACAAGGAAUGUCUCAUAGAUUUGUACAUCCAAUUUGUUCUUGAAGAAACUCCAAGAUCUCCGCUUAUUCAUGGGUUUCAUUACACCAUAUUAAAGACUUCAGAUAUCGAAACGCCCAUGGAUCAAGAAGCUGAUCCUGAGGCGCGUUGUAUUCCAUCUGGACCUAUUUGGACGUGUUGUAUCAAUGUGCCAUUAGUCUUCAAAGCAAUGCCUCCCCGUCAUAAGAAGAUCACCAAACCGCACCGUGUUGUUUGCCUGUGUAAAUCUUUCAAUUGCGCCGACCAGAUAUACCCUGAUGCCAACGGCGUCAAUCACCCUGGUGUUGAGGUUCUCCCUGAGACACGUGCUGCUCACAAACGUGCCGACUAUCGAAAUGAGCUUCGGGAAGUCAACUCACUUGAAUCCACCAACGUAUCCACUUCCUCAGUUCAAGAUUUGCUCGUUUCACCUAUGCAACAAUUAGGAAUUGAACCAUCACCUAUCACAAGCCAACACCAUCAGACCGAGGAUGAGCACACCUCCGUUGCCGGAGAGGUUCUAGAUAGCACUGCAAACUCAUUCUCUCCUUGA